GAUAUGCUAGGCAUCAAGAAUACAGUGAACAAUCAAUUAACAGCGAUUUCAUGAAGUUUUAACUCGUUCAAAAUGUUUGAAUUUAGAAGAUAAAACGAAAUAUUCUGAAGAACAGUAAACAAUUCGUUCAAAAACUGCAAAGCACUUAAUCAAAUUUAGGUGAACUAUUUUAAAUUACUAAAGAAAUUCAAAGCGCGUUAAAUCGCGCUUCCAAAACCAUUCAAACUGGCAGCCAGUACUUUAGCUAGUAUGAACCCACAUUACCAUCCAUAUGGUGCUUCUGAAUUAACGUCACCGCACCCACCAUCACCAGACAACAACAAUUAUCAUGGUGGUGGUCCGAACGGCCCGGGUGGUCCGCAACAACAUACAAUACAUGGUGGUCCACCAAGUGGCCCAUUAAGCAAUGGUGGUGGACCACCACCAGGCCACCAUAUGUUAGGUGGAGGCGGCGGUGGUAAUGGACCCGGUAAUAACGGUGGUGGAUCAGAGAUUCAUCAACACCCUGCAUUCGUUGGUGGUGGUAGUAAUGGACCAUUAGGGCCACAUCAUCAUCAUCACCAUCACCAUCACCAAGUGAAUAAUAAUAAUAAUAAUAAUACCACAGUGAAAGUGUGUGGGGGUUGUGGGGGUAAAAUAAUGGAACGGUAUUUAUUACAUGCGCUAGAUCGAUAUUGGCAUAAUGGUUGUUUAAAAUGCUCAUGUUGUGGGGCAAUGUUAGCUGAUAUGGGUUCUAGUUGUUUUACAAAAAGUGGGAUGAUUUUAUGUAAAAACGAUUAUAUGAGAUUAUUUGGAAAUACUGGUGCAUGUUCAGCAUGUGGACAAACAAUACCUGCUAGUGAAUUUGUAAUGCGAACAGGUGUACCGCAACAACCUGGCGCACCACCGCAACAUCAUGUAUUUCAUUUAAAAUGUUUUGCGUGCAGUCAAUGUGGUGCACAUUUAGUACCAGGUGAUCGUUAUUAUAUGUUAUCGGGUAAAUUAGUAUGCGAACAGGACUGGCAUAAAUUACUUAAAACAAAUACAACGGGUACUGUACGUAAAGGUAAAGUGGGUCGACCUAGGCGGAGCAGAGACUGAGUCAUAGUGCAACAAUCAACACAAGAGUCACCACACACAUUACAGCAUUGUAAUAACAAUGUUAUUACAACACCAUUGCCAAUUAUACAUCAUCAGAAUCAAAUGAAACAAACGCACGUGCUAGAAGAAUCUGCUUACAAAAUUGAGAAAAUUGAAAUUGAUUGCUGUACACACGAAAAAAUUGCAAAUGACUCCUGCUAUGUAAACAAAAGAAAAGAAAAAUGUUUUUGAUGACCAAUUAAAAAAUUGUUAAAGUUUGUAUUAAUAGGGUUAAAGGGUACAAACAGGAUUGGGAGCGUUAAAUUCCAAUCGUAAAUUAUUAUCCUAUUUUAUACAAUAUGUAAAAACUAAAUUUUUUUAAGUUUAAAAACUAAAAGAUUUAUAAGUUCGUUAUAUUUUAUAAAAAAAAAGUGUUGGGCUUAAAUGAAACUUCACUGUCAAAUGUAUAUAUACAUAUUAUAAGUUUUGUACGUAGCUUAAUAUUUUGGCGUCAGUUUUACAUGAUCUAUAUGGUGCGCAAAAAAAAAAAACUUAAGGUCAUGUUUUGUACACUUAAAAACUGUUAAAGUUAUAAAUUAGAUAAGGCUGUUUGGAUACUUAAAAAUGACGUUAAACAAUGCAAAUAUCCAUUUUAAUAGGAUGGAGUAACUUAUAAUUUCAUUAAAUUCCUCUAUU